GGUGUAGCCGCGGCCCUCAAGCAGUCCGGCCAACCAGGUCGAGUCCGCCUCCUCGGGACCCCAGCCGAAGAAGGCGGCGGCGGUAAACUCAAGUUAAUUGAGGCUGGCGCUUAUAAAGGGUGUGAUGCAUGCUUGAUGGCCCACCCUGGUCCACAAUCCAAACUCCCUUCUGGCAUCAACGCUGUUUCGUACGUGCGCAUGCUAGCCAACGUCAAGUAUCGUGUUUACUUUACCGGUCGCGAGGCGCAUGCUUCCAUAGCUCCCUGGCAUGGCGUCAAUGCCUUGGACGCCGUUUGUCUAAGUUAUAACGCUGUUAGCAUGCUUCGUCAGCAGAUUAGACCAGAAGAGCGCAUCCACGGUAUUUUCAGAGAAGCAGGCACAAGGCCGAACGUCACACCAGCCGAUUGUUGCGUGGAGUACUACGUCCGCAGCACCACAAGACGCGGCGCCGAAGAGUUGGGGAAGAGAGUACUGAAAUGCUUUGAGGGCGCCGCGCUAGCGACGGGGUGUGAGUGGCGGAAGGAGGACUUGCCGGCUUACUUUGAUGUUCGCCCAUCGAAAGCGUUGUGCAAGGCGUGGAUGGAGGCCGUGCAACCGGCAGGGUCUGUGGCGUGGGAGGAUCCCGCGGAUUUCUUCCAGGGGAGCACGGAUAUGGGGAAUGUGUGCUAUGAGUGUCCGGGGUUUCAUGGUGUGUUUGGCAUCGAGACGGAGGACGGGGCGGCGAAUCAUACAAAGGGGUUCACAAAGGGGGCGGGGACACAGGACGCGUUUGAGAGGGCGUUGGAGUGUGGACGGGCGAUGGCGGAGGUUGGGUGGAGGGUUCUGGUGGAUGAGGAGUUUGCGGCCGAGGUGAAGAGGGAGUGGGAGGUGGAUAUGAAGGUUGCGGAGGGGAAUUAAAUACUAUAUUGGGUUCGGUGUCGAAGGAUGUGGGAAGUUAGGAUGGUGGUCUAUUUCUACUUUCGGCGUUUGGUUUUCAGUGUGAUAUGGCUGGCAGUUGGGGGACAUAGGCCCUUUUUAGCUCCAAUUCAUGAUGAGCGAUACCUUUUGGCUUGAUAAAUGCGCGUGUUUAAGGAUUCACCAUAUGGUUCACAGCUAAGAGUAUGGCGGUGUUUUUUUUAGUAAAAUGUUCGAAAGAAAAGAAUAAACAUGUUCCCGGCGUAA